CAAUAGUAAUAAAUAUUUGCUCAAAGGAAAGGAAAGUACCCAUUGCAUUGUAGUAUUGCAGUUGCAGCAUUAAUAAGUACUUUCAUACUUUCACUCUACUCCUCCUCACACUUCACUUCACCCGUAGAAUAAAUAAAUUCAGUUUUGGGAGGGAGGUAACACACAUAGCCACACAGAAUGUUUGCUGAAGAAAAUGGUCUUAAGGGUGACCCUAGAUUGCAACAUAUCUCCCAAUCCAUCAGAGUCAUCCCUCACUUCCCUAAAAAUGGAAUAAUGUUUCAAGACAUAACGACAUUGUUGUUAGAUCACAAGGCGUUUAAAGAUACUGUCGAUAUCUUUGUCGAUCGUUACAGAGACAUGCACAUUUCAGUUGUUGCUGGAAUUGAAGCACGAGGGUUUGUGUUUGGUUCUGCAGUUGCGUUGGGCAUUGGUGCAAAGUUUGUUCCUUUACGCAAACCUCGCAAGCUACCAGCCAUUUAUUUAUUUAAUAAACACUUUCGGGAUAAAGGGUGUCACGGUCUCUCACUGGGACUGUGUGUGGAAAGGCCUUGUCCUACUUUGGUUGUUCCAUCACAUAAAGUCAAUUGGCUCAAGCUUUCAUAUUUCCUAGUUAACUAACCCACAAUAUCUAAGAGGAAAGUGUGAAAUGCUCUUAAAGUUUGAGAUAUAGCUUAAUUGAUUGACUAAAAUAAGUUUCAAAGUGAUGUAUGAAUAUUCAAUGUGGGAUGAUAAACAAGUUCUCUAUAACUGUUGAAUCAAUAUUUUAAGUGAAACAAAUGUAUGUGGUGGUACUGUUGCUUAGUUUGGUCUAUUUAUUUUUCCUCUUGAUCUGCAUUGGGUUAACUUGCCAAUAUAUAUAUAUAUGCUAUUUGGUACGGCAAUAUUUUCAAAUUGAUCAUGGCUGCAUCAAAUUGAUUAUCAGAUUGGUGAAAUUCAAUGUUUAUAAUGAGUUAUCAAGUAGAGUAACUCAGCUUAAAGUUACUCCUGGAGUAACUUGAUCACUCCUCCUCCUGAUUGAUAUUGUAUGAGUCACAAGUAAACCAGGUGGAGGUAAACUUAUCUAAUUGGACAUCACUCUUUCUGUUUAACCCAACUAAUUGGGGCUUAAUUUGGAGAAGUUGUAUGUUAUAUGAUAGGGAUUUUGGCUCAGUGGCUAUUUCCAUUGUGCUUAAGUUCAAUCAAACUUGAAAUUUCGAAAUACAAUUAGUUCUGGAACUUUGUUCAACCUUUUGAGUUAAAUAUCAUAUGUUUGGUUUGGCAGCGAGAUGGCUUUUCUCGCGCCACAAUGAUUAUUGACAAUGAUUUUUUACAACGCCCUGAAUUGUAGAACGUAUCUAUUUUGAGUUAUUCCACUGUGAUGCGGCAUUCCACCUUGAAUGCAAACAAAGACUGUAACUAUUUUGAGUUAUGCCUAAACUUUGAUAUGCUUUA